CCUGUCGAGACCCCCGACACCCCCUCCCCUGGCCAGCCAGGUUUCAUCUCCCCCAGCACAACCAUUCCCCUGCAGAAGCAACUGGAACAUGCCAACCAGCAGUCCGGCUUCACCGACUCGUCGACCCUGCGCCCGAUGCACCCCCAGGCCCUGCACCCCAACCAGACCCUGCUGCCCAACCCCCAGCUCCCCGUCCAGAUGCAGCCGGCCAGCAAGUCUGGCCUGGCCUCCCCCGGGAGCUUCCCCCACGGCUCCACCCCCCAGCAGCCCCACACGUCGGGCUUCCCCGCCAGCAGCCAGCCGGCCUCGCGUCACGCCUUCAUCCAGCACGCCCAGGGCCAGCGCUUCUACCACAAGUGAGCCCCCGCCCGGCCCGCGGGGCGCCCAGCUCUGGGGAGGGGCCCGCGCGGACACGGCCCCUCCCCCCAAUAAAUGGGGAGACGCCA